AUGUCCGUCGUUCCCAAACCAGAGAAAACCACCGUCCCUGUCCUCAACGUCGACAGCGACGACGACGCCUCCGCUAGUGCUGUAAUGAGCGACGUUCAUUUACCACUUCGGCUUCAGGAGCAGCAAAACCCUCCCGAAUCAACUUCAACUCCAUUAGUCUCUGAAAGCCAUAGUUUCUGGAAAGCCGGUGAUUAUGUUGUUGGUCCUACAUCUAAGCCUUCUCCCAGUCAAGGUUACUUGGAUCAUGCACGAGUUCAUCCCAAGUUUCUUCAUUCUAAUGCGACUUCGCAUAAGUGGGCUUUCGGAGCAAUUGCUGAGCUAGUGGAUAAUGCUGUUGAUGAGAUCCAAAAUGGUGCGACUUUUGUUAAGGUUGACAAGCUUAAGAACAAGAAGGACAAUUCACCAGUGCUAUGCUUUCUAGAUGAUGGUGGUGGAAUGGAUCCCAACUCACUACGGAAGUGCAUGAGCUUGGGUUAUUCUUCAAAGAAGUCGAAGACAACAAUUGGACAGUAUGGAAAUGGAUUCAAGACCAGUACUAUGAGACUGGGUGCUGAUGCUAUUGUUUUUAGCCGGGCUACACAUUCAGGCCGGCCAACACAAAGUGUAGGUCUACUAUCCUAUACCUUUUUACGAAAAACCGGGCAAGAUGAUGUAAUCAUUCCAAUGAUAGAUUUUGACAUAUCUGGCCAUUGGCCCGAGCCAAUUGUUUAUGGCUCACUGGACGAUUGGUCAUCAAACUUGAAAACAAUUCUUGAUUGGUCUCCCUUCACAUCCAAGGACGAGCUCAUGCUUCAGUUUGAGGAUAUAGGAUCACAUGGUACCAAGAUUUUAAUAUAUAAUUUGUGGUUGAAUGAUGAAGGAAUAUAUGAAUUGAGUUUUGAUGAUGAUGCUGAGGAUAUCAUGCUGAGAGAUGAGGCCAAGCAUGGAACUGGGCAGAAGUUGAACAAAAAAGUUGUUCAGCUUCAGUCGCAUAUUUCUUACCGCAUCCGUUACUCUUUACGGGCAUAUGUUUCACUUUUGUAUCUCAGAAAAUUUCCGAACUUCAAAAUCAUACUAAGGGGAAAACCUGUGGACCAUGUUGACAUUAUGGAUGACUUAAGACAUUCAGAAAUUAUUAGUUACAAGCCCCAGCUGGCUGCGGCACAUGUGGCUACGGUGGAGACGACCAUUGGAUUUAUAAAGGAGUUUCCUGCUAUUAAUGUUUCUGGGUUUAAUGUAUACCACAAAAAUCGCCUAAUCAAGCCUUUUUGGAAAGUAAGCCCAGAUGGUUCUUCUAAAGGGAAUGGUGUUGUUGGAGUUCUGGAAGCCAAUUUUAUAGAACCUGCACAUGACAAGCAAGAUUUUGAGAGAUCACUGCUGUUCAUACGGCUAGAAGCGAAGCUGAAACAAAUGAUAAAUGAUUACUGGAAGGGUCACUGUGAAUUAGUUGGAUAUCAGCCUAUAGGUUAUAAACCACAAAUUCGACAAUCAGCUGGGCAUUUAACUAAUUCACGGGAUGAGUCUCUUGCUGAUCCACAAGAUAUUUUCUCAACAGCCAAGCACCAAGUUUUAGAAUUAGAUCAGCCAAAUGAGGGUUUUCUUGCAACCGGCAAGCGGAGUUCGACUCAUGAGCAGUGUGGUGUAUCGAGUGGAGCUUCAGCGUCCAGAUCUAUUGAUGAAAUCUGUGAAGAAAAUAUCAAACUUUUCACGAGGUGUGAGGAGCACAGGCAAAAAGAAGCAGAGUUGAGAAAGACGGUUGAAGAUUUGGAGAAGGAGUUGAAAGAAAUCGAAUCCAAGCGAUCCUAUAUUGCUUCAUUCGUAGAGGCCAAAAAGAAGCUGAAGAAUGUAUCAUGA